AUGAAAAGGGAGGAUUACUACAGCCCUGGCAACACCGCCGCUCCAUUGCCAAAUGGCCGUGAAGGCCGCGACAGGGCGAACACCGACGCGACUCGUUCAGAGCUGCGUUCCCCCCCGUUGCGUCGUGACGCACAUGAGCCCUGGCGCAGAGGUUUCGGCGGAGACGCUGACACGCGUUUUUCUGCCGCGCCAACUGGAACUGAUAAGAGCGCCAUCAGGGAUAGCACCGGAUUCCGCGUUGAGCGCAUAGACAGUGCUUCGUCCCUGGCUGUGGGCGAUAUCGUUGGGUACGAAUUUGUCUCAGAAGACGGAAGGUGGAAUUGGUCCAUUGGUACAGUUCUGGCAUCUCUCAAUAACACCGGCAAUGCCGUCGGUAACGACGACGACAACGACGCCAUGGGCACGGACCCUAACCUUGUCCCCUUGGCGUAUUGGAGAAUUGCCCUCGACACACAGGGCGUACAACGACAAAGCGAUUCUGCGACCAAGGCGGGUCGGUACGAGGAUCCGGCACAACAUGACGUCCUUCGAAGGCUGCAGGCAAUUGAGGAGGAAAAGGCUGCGCUUUCGCGGGAAACGUACGCGAUGGAUGUCGUGGAAGCCGAAAAGGCAGCUGAGUCAGCUCGGGAAAAGCUAAGGUUGACAGUUCGAGAGCAGCGGAGCGCGCUGCGACAGCUGAUAAAGCCUCCCAAUGUGUUGCGACUGGCAGUGCAGGCAGUGUUUUCGCUUCUAAGUAUUGAAUUGUUGGUGGAACGAAGUGAAGAAGAGUGGGAGCAGAUGCGGCGCGUAUUGUGCUCGGAAGCCUUUGAGGAAAGCCUGUCAGAGCCGGCUACGUCUAGGUUGGAUGAGGAGCAAGCCGACAUUAUCACCCAGCGCUUCUUAACUAACCCGCACUUUACAUAUGCGUACAUGGAGGCAACUAGUCAUCUUGCGGCGCUCAUGCAAAGGUGGGUGGAAGGCGAAGUUCAGCUCUAUGAAGCUCGUGCAAUGCUUCAAUCCGUUGAGGGGCGUUUGGCCGAGUUGGAUGAGGAGGCGAGGCAGAAGAAGCGGGAGUUGCGCUUUUGCCGUAACCCCAGCAACUUUACAAGGACAAGUAGUGACCAGGACGAUGAGGAGAAUGUACGCUAUGCGUUGCAGUCCUUUCAGGACCUUGGCGAAGUCUCGUUUGUGCGCAGUGAUGAGGCGGCAGUAGUUGUCCGUUCGUCUGUGUUCUGCAGGUUUGUUGCGCCCACGUCGGCUUCCAUGUCAGCACUCAACAGCAUGACGAUUCAACGAGAUCGGCUUGCCCGCAUCCGCUCCGCUGCGUCGGGAAAGCAGCGGCGUGUGAGGUUUGGAUCGCCUGUUAGUGAUGCCGGCUCUACUGACCAAAAGCUUCGUGAGUCGCGUGAGGCGGCGCAUGCGAAAAAAGUCUUGUGCGAUCAGUCAAUGGAACGGGAACGCAUCGCAAUACGUGAGUUGGAGGCCAUCUACGAGAAGCAUGUUUGGUACACCACUGCAUUGCACAAUAUACUCCGUCGGGCUAUCGCCGCUGGUGCCGGCGCUUCCCUCCGCGGCAAGGGCGAUGCCGUGCAGCUUGCAGCCGCGCAAAUGCGAGUACGAGAGUUAGAGGAGGCUCUUCGCGACAAGGAGCGCGCCCUCCGCACUAUGCAAACUAACCACGAUGAAGAAUUACAUUGGAUGCGAGAAAAAAUGCGGAGAGAGGCACGGGAAGAGUCGGGACCCAUCCCUGACGACGCCUCCAUGAUGGAAUUGCAACAAUUUCGCCUACACCAUGACGAAGAGGUUGGUCGGAUGCGAGUGGCUGCGAACGAGGCGCGGAAAUGGUCAAUUAUUCUUCUACUUGAACUGCGGAAGUCCAAGGAUGCCGCAAUUGCGGACAUGCAGCAGGAGUACCUACGAGAGCUGAAUUUGGUGCGUGACGAGCUUUCAAUGCAUGAGGGGCGUCAAAUGAAAACAGUGACGAUUCUUGAGGACGCGCUUGCGCACAACAGCGAGGAGGAGGAGGAACACCAACGGCAAAGAAGGCAGCGGCGUGCGCUGAAGCGUGCGCUGAAGACGCUUUCUGGUUCGCGGUCCCCUGAGCUGUCGAGGGCGUCACCCUCGCGACGCUCCCCAAGAAAUCUGGCUUCGCCGCACGAGACGACGCUCCGUCGUCUUCCUCUUCGCACUGGCACUCCGGUACGGCGACUCUCCACUUCAGAAGUUUCUGGGGCUUCGAGAGAGUUGCCUGAAGACAAUGUUGUUAUUUUGCGAGAUCGCCUUGUAGAGGAAAUGCGUGAUCGCGAGUUGAUUCAAGAGAUGCUUCUGCAGGAGCAGCGAAAGAUUCAGUUGUUGGAGGAGGAAAAUGCCGGGCUGAAAUCGGACCUGAAGCAGGAAGUGGAGAGACAUGCGACACUCAAGGAGAGGUAUCGGGAACUACAAGACGAAAUUUCGGCACGGUCGGGGACUGCGCGUUCCGGUUCCAAAGGAUCUAGGAGAAGUGGCUCCGGGAGCGGCGAUCGUGAUGCCCGUGAGCAGAUCGCGGAACUGCAGAGCAUCAUUGCCGCGUACGAUCGGCAGUUGGAGGAAUUGUUGGAGGCUGAGGGGUUAAAAAAGGAAGGGACUCCCUUCCAGGCCUUGCGGGACUACCUCGCAAGACUGAAGGCCUCCUGUGCUGCCAUGCAGGAGGAGCGUGAUGCACAGUCUGCUGACGCGAAAAUGUUGGAGUCAUGUCUGAAGACGGCCGCAGAUGCCUUGGAGGAUGCGCUCAUGCACGAUGAACGGUGGUGCCUCCGCACCACCGAUUCCCAAUACACCACGUGGCACUGGAAGAAGUUUAAGGGUGACGAUUGGGGUCGCGUCAUUGCUGACACUCCUGAAGCUCUGGCAAAGGCACUCGCACGCGGCGUCGCUGCCGCCUGCCACGUACCAGAGGACUACGUUUUGAACCUCAACUACCACGAUGAAGGCACGAGCCUUUACGCCUCGUUUGACCUUCGUCAUGACCCAACGAUGCCCUCUGAAGAUAUUGCGUCUCGUUUAGAGGAGUGUAACUACUACGAGUUGGAAAGGUUGUACGCUCGCCGGUUUUCCCCGGAGGAAGGGGUUGACUCCUUAAGGCGGAAACUGCGCGAGAAGGAAGAGGAGUUGCAGGACUUGCGCACCAACAUGGCACGUCUACGACGUGAGGCUAAGCACUCAGGUGGCGGGAGAUCAAAACCGUAUUUGUUGGAGGCGUAA